AUGUCAGGCUGGUUGGAGAAUCAGGAAGGACGGGUUGAGGAUUUUGCUACAAAAAUUAGCAACUGUCGCCAUGAAAUAUCUACCUGGCGCAAGGAUAAUCAACCAUAUGGAAAGGAUAAAAUUAAAGAUCUUCAGCAGGUGUUAGAAGAAGUUCAGACAGAUAAUGAUAGAACACAAGAGGAGAUUCUUGAGAAUAUAGGAGGAAUGGGAUCUUAUUUAGGGUUACCGGAGAGUCUUGGAGGAUCUAAGGUACAAGUGUUUGGAUUACCAAAGGCCACUGUGAAGAAGCUAACGAGUGCCGUAGCUCAGUUCUGGUGGAGCCCAGGUGGAGGCACGAAAGAUAAUGGUGGGCUUGGUUUUAAGGAUCUCACUGAUUUUAACACGGCGAUGCUUGGGUCAUCUAUAUCUGUAUGGAAUGAUCCCUGGCUACCAUUCACUCGCCCGAGACCAGCAAAUAAAAACCCUAAUCACUGUUACCCGGAUCUCACUGUGGAUUCCUUAAUUCAUUCGGAAUCUCGUACAUGGAAUUUACAGGCUAUAAGCACUUUGGUUGCCCCGGAGGAUAUUAAGAUCAUUACAAAUAUUCCCUUGAGUACAAAUCAGAUGGAUGAUAGGCUUGGAUGGCAUUUUACUAACAAUGAAAAAUAUACGGUCCAAUCUGGGUAUCAAGUGGAAAGAGUUUAUCCAGAUAAGGAAAAACCACCAGAAUUUUAUGGACCCACAGUUGAUGUUCUUAAAGCCUAUUGCUGGAAAUUGAAGUGUCCUCCGAAGAUUAGGCAUUUCUUAUGGCAACUACUUUCAGGAUGUAUAGCGGUCAUGAAGAACCUAAAUGCAAGAGGAAUACAAGGAGAUAUAUUUUGCUCACGUUGUGGUGAUCAGGAGGAAUCGAUAAACCAUGUGUUUUUUUAUUGUCCUCCAGCACGACAGUUGGUGAAGAUGGUUUCGGAACCUGAGGAAUGGCCUGCAUUUGGAACCUAUUUAGAAGACAUCAAGCUUUUGAGAAGAAGCUUCCACAACUCAGAUAUCGUUCAUGUACCAAGGACGGCGAACCAAAAGGCGGACAGCUUAGCACGUAGUGCUCGGCAUCAACCGUCUUUCGUUGUACACAUGGAUGCAGAGUUUCCAACCUCUGUGCAAGCCACUGCCAGAAUAGCCCUAUUUGGAGACAGAGAGUGGUUACAGGCGCAAGACCCCAACUUGAAAUCGCCGAAGAAUACCCAGAUCGCAGGAAGACCCCCGUCUCCUUCUCUCGGUACAGUGACAUGCAACACUGAUGCAGCCUGGAAGAAGGAGACCCUAGAUGCGGGUCUUGCUUGGAUCUUCGACACUUCUUCUUCUCCUUCGGAUGGAUGCAAGUUCCAAACUCGGGUCUCGUCGGCUCUCAUGGCGGAAGUGUUAGCAUUUCGGAAAGCACUCUCCCACACACAUCACAUCGGCAUCACCAAUAUCUGGCUUCGCUCAGACUCUCUUUCGCUUGUCAAAACGAUCAACUCGAUUUCAAAGCCGAUGAACCUCUACAGAGCUCUAUCGGACAUCAAAGUUCUAUCAUCGUUUUUCUCCUUUUGA